GAUUCGAUUCGUGCGUGCGUGCGUGCGUGUGACUGCAAGUUGCAUAUAUUCCGGCCAAAUGAUCCGGGCUGCAAGCGGCUGUGCAAAUCUAAUUUGUCCUUUUUCCCAAAACGAGUCAACACAGUGAGAAAGACACACACACACACCUUGCCUUCUCCGUCACAAACCGGUGCAGAGGUGUAGAGAGGGGUUCGUGUGUGGAAGGUGCGAGUGACGUUACGCUUUUUUCCCUUCUUCGCUCUAAUGCAAAUCACGUGAAAUCAUAAUCCUUCUAGGUGCACGGUGCACGGUGAUAAGCGGAAGGAACGAAAGGGUGGUGAACGUGUGAAUAGUGAUGGUGGAAAAAUGUGUGUGCCUGCGCGCGCGUGUGUGUGUGUUUGGGAAAUGUCUAGGAGCGGUUCGCAUCUCGUAAUCCUCCUCAUCCAGCCGUGCAACCGUGUUUGUUUGGGUGCAGUGACCACUACAGUGUGUGCCGUAUUUCUGUGUCCGUGUGUGUUUGUAAGUGUGAUUGUGCAAAAGGGGGCUGUCACCAAAUCCCAUUGCUGGAAGGUGGUGCAUCCCGUCUAGCAAUUUCUUCCCCAAUUCCCAGCAUUAAAAAACGGGAUUGCAGGUGCAAGUGCAGCGUGACAGCGUGAACACACAGUAAAAAGUGCAGUGAACAAAAAAAAAUACCGAAGUGCGUGUGUGAGUGUGUGUGAGUGUGUGUGAAAUAAAACCACAUUUGGCGAAAUAAAACGGGCAGCGACAAAUCGUGCAAGAGCAAAAAGCAUAAACCAUCCGAGCCGGGCACAGAAGUGACUAAAUAUUCACGUGCAGUGCAACAUGCAGCAACCGAGAUACAGUCCGGCACCGCCGCCUCCGGCCGCGCUACGUCCGCAGAUGGUCCCGAGACAUCAGGCAGUACCGAACGGAAGUACUACAGCCGCGCCUCGUAGCGCCUACCCUGGAGCACCACCGCCUGCACCGGCCACGCUAAAGGGUGCCCAGCGACCCGCUAUGACUAGUCCGGCCAGCGGCAUUCCCGGUGCACCGUACAGAGGCACUGCCUGGACGCAGGGUUACGCCCCGACACAACCAACCUACCGAUACACUGCACCGCAGACCUAUGCAUAUACACCACACACGACAACUCAGGUAAGCCUCGCCAGUCACGAUUCAGCACGCUUUGACCCGCCUGCCUGCCUGCCUACCAGCAGCAGCUACAAUCGGUACGGACAGCGUGUGCCGACAGCAGCGUCGCCCAGCAACACGAACUCGAGCAGCUCGUCCAACACCGGCUCGCAGAGCGGCACCCUGAGCACGAGCCUGAGCAACACGACCAACACAAACAACACGAUGGGUCCUAGCAACACGCCACAGCAGACGGAGCAGCUGUCCAAAACGAACCUCUACAUUCGCGGCCUGCAACAGGGCACGACCGACAAGGACCUUGUCAACAUGUGUGCACAGUAUGGAAACAUCAUCUCUACAAAGGCAAUAUUAGAUAAAACAACAAACAAGUGUAAAGGAUACGGAUUUGUUGACUUCGAGUCGCCGUCCUGUGCCGAGGGCGCCGUCAAAGGGCUUCAAGCGAAGGGCAUCCAAGCUCAGAUGGCCAAAGUGGGUAUCUGGGUGCUACAUAGGCCGGCCAUUCAACAGGAGCAGGAUCCUACCAAUCUGUACAUCGCGAAUCUUCCCUUGAACUACAAAGAGACGGACGUGGAGAAUCUGCUGUCCAAGUACGGCCAGGUCAUCUCGACCCGAAUUCUGCGCGAUCAGAAUGCGCAGUCGAAAGGUGUCGGUUUUGCGCGAAUGGAAUCACGGGACAAGUGUGAGCAGAUUAUACAGAUUUUCAACGGCACGCUGCUGCCGAACGCGAAGGAACCGCUGCUGGUGAAGUUCGCCGACGGUGGGUCGAAGAAGAAGAACCCGUUCAAGAGCCCGGACCCGAACACGCGAACCUGGCGCGAGGGAGCCGAAGGCAUCCCGGUCACCUACGAUCCGAACAUGCAGCAGAACGGCAUCGGCGUGAACGUCGGCACGCACAUCAACAUGCCGUACAGAGGGUUCAGCACGCCGCAGAUGGGCAGCUACGCCGUGCCCGGCUCCCAGUGGGUGCCGAGCUACAUGAUGACGCAGGCGAUUGCCCCCGUUGAGGAGCAGGUAAGGCAAUACGUUCAGGUUCCUGCUUCGCACCUGAGCGUCGGCACACCGUACAAGACGGACGGUGUGACACCGGUGCAGCCCCGUGGCGUCUCGAUGAUCAUGUCCAGUGAUAAUCCAGCCGCCGUCCAGUACGGCAUGAUGCCCCAGCUGGCAACACUGCAGAUUGGCUCCUCGCCGAUCCUAUCUCUCCCGCAGCAGCAGUACAUCAGCCCGACAGCCUAUCCGUACUAUCCGACCCAUCCGACGUCGGUCAUCCACACGCUGCAGAUGGGCGACACGGAGCAGGCGAGCACGGCCGCCUCGCCGGACGAAGCGUACACCACGCAGUAUCAGCACGCACCGAAGUAGAUCUUGCCGGUGCCGCGCGUAAAGAUCACACCCACAGGAAGAGGCCAGCCAGCAGCCGCCGCCGCCCUCCCGUAGCCAAGACACAACCACCACCACCACCACCAACCACUACAACCACCCAACCAUCACCAUCGCCAACUUUGAAAUGCUGAAACACGAUCUAAAGAGAGAGAGAGAGAAAGAGAAAGAGAGGAAACGAUGAACAAAGUUGCCCAGCAGCCGCAACAGCAGCAACGCAACCACUCGAUCGCGUGUUUCUUUUAGGGCAGUUUAUUUGAAAAGUGCGUUUUUUGUUUGUUUGUUUUUUUCACACAUUGGAAGAAUCGAAAGAGCGAAGAUGAUCGCGAGGGUCGCAAAAAUACCCUCCCUCCCCCGUGAGGAUCAUGUACACCGAUCAUGGCUAGCGACGAAGCAGGCAAGAGCACCGCAUACGUAGUAGAUAUCAUCAUUUCCACGAAAUGAGAAUGACUUGACGUAGCAAGAACAAACACAUCACACACACACACGCGCGUGCGAGCUAAUGAUUGAAGGUAGUAUUAGGGCAGCAGACGUUGAUCGUAGCAGAUCAACUGCUAGGGGUAUGUGUGAAGGACGCAUUUACCAAACGAGACGAUGCGCCGUUCAAUCGAAAAGGGAUAACAUUGGAGAAAGCCACACUGAGCCACAGCAGCCGCGCGUAAUUGUCCGGGACUGAGGGUGCCACGCGAAAGAAACGCUCUAACGAAAGAGGUAAAGAACGCUUCCGUUCCCUUCACCUCUUUUUUUUUAUUGCGCGCAGAAAGGUAGGCCAAAUAAAUGAAGAUACCUCAAAACACGAUGCCACGCGCAACCGGUGCGCGGUUUGAACCUGCUUACCGCAAACACCGCGCACAAGCGCGCACUACGAAAACGAAAUGAAACUAAACGAAUGAAAAAAAAAGCAGCGCAACUAAACGCGCGACAAGAUACGAACCCCCCCUCCCGCACGAAUCAUCUUGCUAAGCAGCAAUUUGAUGGAUGUAAGAUCGUGUGACAAAACGACACGAUCCGACACCCGCGUAAUGACUGAAUAACUAACUCAAAACUGCGCUUGUUGUCCCUGUCCCCGAUGCUACUCUCGACAUGCGAAACUGUGGGCACGCUAGCGAGAUGGCGAAGAGGUGUUGUUUCGCCGCCACUUCGUGUUGAGUGGCCCCCGUGCCAUAAGCACGAUGUAAAACGGCUUUUGAAUUUGAACCGGUGCACAUGGCUACUGCUGUGCUCUCGCGAGGGGCACGGUGGUGGAAGCUCAGAGCAAUGCUUGCUUGCUCUGGAGUAGUUGAUUGUUGUGCGCGCAUAAAAGACUGUCUUAAUCGCACGCGCGACUGUAGAGUGCGCAACGAAACUGAAGCCACGCGAUCUUUAAACGAUCAUCCAAAGAAAAAGGAACGGUUAGGCUUUGUUCUAAUGCCCAUCAUCAUCAUCAUCAUCAUCGUCACCGCUCAAGAGGAGUUGGUGUAGAUUAUACACAGAUUGAUCGCUUCCAGCGGAGUAAGUGUGCGUUAUGGUUUCCCCGGGAGCUAACCACCCUUCCAACGGAAAUUUAUGAAAAAAAUCCCCAAAAUAUCAUCCGCCCUCCCCCCCCCCCCCCCUUCCAAACUGGAAAGCUGGAUUGGUUCUGUCUGCCCUUCCCUGUGCAGUUUGUGGGAAAAAUGCGUCGCCCGAGUUUUAGUAGAGUUAAUUUUAAUUUAUUGUUUUUCUUGUUUUGCCCUCUCCUUUAUUGCCCUUUUUUCCCUUUUUUCUGUGUUUUCCAUUCCAAUGUGUGGAAAAUGUGUUUUUGUGUCUUUGUUAAUUUAAAAAAAGAAAAAAAAAAGAAUGUCGCGUUAAAAAGCGUGAGAGGAGCGAAAAACGGCGAAGCUCUGGGAUUUUUUUUGUUUUGUUUUGUUUUGUUUUUUGGGAGGUACGGAACGAAACAGUGGAGCAGGAACAGUUAGCGUAAGGUUAAACACGUAUAGGGGACAGGGGAAUAUUUGAAAUUUGCGCGAGAACGGGCCGGACAGACGGAUAUCGCCGCCGCGCCGGCAGGUGCGACGUUGCGAACGAAACUCCGGCGGCGGAAGCUGAAAGCGUAAGAAACUAGUUUAUAUUUUAGUCUCGUAGAACGAACGAUUUACUGCAGAAGCAAAUUGAUGCAAAUCCCAAUGAAAGCGGGGGAGAGAGAGAGGAAGGGAGCGAAUGAGAAGAAGAAGAAAAAAAAGAACAACACACCCCUCACCACACACUCCUCGGGGACCGUCUUUUUCUGUGCUUUUUGUGUCGUACUGUGUGCAGGUUGGACGUGGAAGAAGUAAUUAGCAAAGGAAAGCGUUCGAAACGAGGGGAAAAACACACACACUGGGCUUAUUAUUGGAUAGUGGAAGAAAACGGCAAGAGAAGAAUGAGUAGAAAAUUUAAAGCAACACACACAUACACACACACACACACAUACACAGGAAAGCUCGAAAAGCCCGCCAGCCGGCAGAGUGUGUGUAGAGAGUCAGUAAAUGCCGCGACCCGCGGAUACCCGCACGCGCUAGCUUGAUAAGGUUAGUUUUUAGUGUGUUUAGUAUGUUAAGUAGGAUUUUUCGAAGGACUCUUCCCCCCCCCCCAUCCAACUAGCCCCUCCACAGCGCUCUCCCUUAGUUUUCCCCCUAUUUUCAAAUCAUUUCCCACAAAAUGCACAGAUUCGUCUGUUGUGUCUGUAUUUGUGGUUUGUGUUUUGUUUGUUUUCAUUGUCCCGUUGUUUUUGCGUCUCCACUGACUGAUUGGUUGUUAGAUUUGACUUUCACAACCACAGCGUGUUAUUGUAUUAUUUUCAUAUAAUUUUCUGUUUUUGAUUUUUACUCUCCACACUGACGUGUGUUGAUCACGUUUUUCACAAUAGUUCUUCCAUUUUAGUUUUUUUUUUUUUACUUUUUCUUCCACUUUUGUCCUUGGUGUGAUUGUGAUAGCGCUUAACGUUGGAAGAACGCGGUACGAAAAGAAUGAUGUUCUCUAGGAAAAGUGAAUCUAGAAUGAUUGCGCAAGCAGAUGAUCGAAACAAUGUGAGCGAAGAAAAGUGAAGCAUAGAAAAUAGAAGCAAAACUUCCAACCCAUUUUCUCCCUUUCUCUGAAAAAACGUAAAAAGGCUUCUGAGUGCAUUUGCCUCACGAGCGACGAACACGUGUCUCGUGUUAGUUUUUUGUUUUGUGUACGAAUUCAUUUCCAAUUAGAUUCGUUAGCAAAUCGCGUUGAAUUGAGUUUUGUUUUGUUUUUUUUUUUUUUUUUUGCUCUAUUAAAUGCACGUUAGAAAUUAGUCGACUUUUGCGUACGAUCGGAUAGUACGAUCGUAUGCCCCCUCGCCCCCUUUUUCACCCAUCUGUCGUCCCCCCUCUUCUCCCCGAUUCCUCGCUUGACGAAACAGUGAACGUUUACGAAGAUAAGUUGUGAAUGAAUUAGGAUUAUUCAAGAGAGAAAUGGAAAGAUCGGGCACCGUCGCCGCCAAACACUCCAAACACACACACACACACACACCCACAGACAUGAUGGCGACGUGGUGCCCCCAAAACGCGGCGCGUAACGAACAUUUGCGGAUAAAAUAAAUGGAUCAUGAGUGUGUAGUACCGAGCAAGGCCCUUCUUGAAGCUGAAACCGAGUGCGUCCUCCGUACAGUUAGGGGAAAUUAAUGAGAAAACAAAACAAAAGUGCUCCAUCAGCGAAAUUGGUCAUUGUUUGUUGCUGUUUUUACCACUGUUUUGCUUUCCUGCCGCUUUUUCACCCAUAUCACAUGUGUAAUGUUAAAUUGUUUUAGUUCUCACUGACUGUGCGAUGUAAGUGUUUUCUUUUUUUUUUAUUAUUAUUAAUUUAUCUUCCUAUUUUCAUUUUUCAUUCUUACUCACUGGUUACUUUUGUGUUCUUUUUUUUCAGUUUGCUCUCUGUUACUCUGUUAUUCCGUUGCGACGUGUGCAUUUAUCCUACAGCUGCCGCUGCUACAUCCUUUUUCCCGCACACUCAGCCUGGCGAGUCCAUCGUAAUGGCGAAUACAAAAACAAAAAUAGGACAAUUGUGCCUUUAUCACCAUUUGAUGCGAUUUGAUUGCGUUUGGCCAGCAAAAACCAACCAGCGAGCGAAGUGAACAAAACUGUCACAAACACAAUAUAAGAAAGUAAAACGAAAGGGAAAGCGAAAACAGCAAGAUUGAAAAUUCACAUAAAACACACAAAACAAAAAAGGGCAAAGUAAAUGGAAGAAAACAAAAACAUCUCAAACUUGUUAAUUGAGUGCAAAAUGCUUUACUAAAAAGCACAAACAAAUUUGAAGGAGAAAAAAAAAGAGCUCUACACACUGCAAAAACAAGCAGACGAGAAGAUUGUGGAAAUGAAAGGGAGAAAAGGAGGAAACAAGAAAGAUGCGAAAAACAAAAGCAAAAACACAGAAUAACAUACUUUUUCUACACAAAUAUUUUUGAAAGUCCCUUUUUUCCACCGUUGUUGAAUUUUCAUUCAAAAAUUCCCCCAAACAAACAAACCAAAAAAAAAAAGGAAAAGGGAAGAUGUGCCCAAUAGUGCACAGUUUACAAACUCUAUAGUACUACGAGGGCGCGCGCGCGCGAGAGAGACAAAGGAACUGAUGUUUAAGAGAGAAGAAAAAAAACACGGCAAAUAAGAACACGCUUUUAUGCAUGCACACUUGCCCUUUAAAAACAACAACCCAACACAACUGGUCAUAACUGUCGAAAUCGUUACAAAUCUUCAUGAAGCACGGGAAGAACGAAAAAGAGAACCCUGGCCCCCUGGCAUUGAAACACGUUGAAACACUGAAACGAUCGUACUGAAAAGCACAACCUUUUUUCCCAUACUGUCAAUCCAACCAGCCCCUCGAUCAUCGUUUGCUUAUGAUUUUGCCUCACUCUCACACAAAUGUAUUCACAAAUCUAAACAAAAGAAGACGAAGACAAAACGCCCUAUAAUCACAUACAAAAGCUACGUAACGUAUAUAAUCACGUAUAGUAGAAGUAAUGAAUGAAAGGAGAAGAGUAAAAAGAAAAACACACAAAUUCAAUCGAAAGAUCUGUUACGCGGUAGGAGCUAAAGCAGAGCUUGGGGAGAGGUUAGUCAAAUGCAGUGGAAUAUUAUUAUGCUUAUUUAUAGGACACACAAAAGAGAGAACGAGAGAGAGAGAGCACGAAAGAGAGAAGGGAUGCACGUACGCUAUGUGAUAAUAUGUUUCAUGCUGUGAUACAGAGUAAAUAGAGUCUCUUGCCCUGUUUGUCUCUUGUUUGCCUGCUACCAUUACCACUACUACUAGCACACUACCAUUCCCCACUGCUUAAUGAUCAUUUUUAGUAGCAACUGAACCUAUAAUAACGUAAAUUUUAUUCCUUUUUUUUUGCUCUUAAUCUUCUGAUGAUCCCAGCUCUAAGUCGAUCAGUUAUAAUAAUCAUUAGCAAAAUUAAUACGAGAAAGAUGACAGAGAAAAAUAAGGGCGAAGCAAGAAAGCCCUAUCACUCUGUCUCUCUCUACCUAUCUAUUGCACUAUAAAUUAACGUUGUUUUGAACACAUCUAUAUCGAAAUCGUUCUAUCGUUAGUCACAGUUUAUUAGCGUACAUUUUACCCGACGAACAAAACAAAAAUGACAAGACUGAUCAUACUACCCUAGCUAAACGUAGCUAAUAAUGAUCACCUCCAUGAUCGCUUGCUGCUUGUUUUCCUCUACUAACUCAAAUCACCAGGGCAGUUAGACUACAUCUUUGCUUUUUCUUAUCAUUUGUUUCGUCCAUUUAUUUCCCCCUUAAAACCCCGGGGGGAGGGGUUCCCUAUUGUGAAUACUAUUGCAUACUUUUGUACAAAGUAUAUUACUGCCAUCGAUCGAUCGUUACCGUUACCUUCUGGUGUGGUUUUCUUUCUGUUUUACCUUUCCCUUCCGCUGAUUGGAUUGUAGUAUGAGCGUGAGGUUUUGUUUCGCCGUUAGUGCGACCGUUUCAGUGCAAAACACAGCAAAAAACAUCGCAUGAUCAUUCACACACUCUACUAAAACACUAAAAUGUAUACAAAAUGUGGGAAAAAAGACGAAGAAUAACCAAAUGCGGCUGAUGGGUGUUCCCUUAUUGUGCGUCGUCGUGCGUGUAGUUGUUGUUGUUGAUGUUGUUGGUGGCAGGCAUUUGAAUUUCAAAGUGGGGGGAAAGGGGGUGGUGUUGUGUAGGUGUGUAGUUGUUGCGUCGUCAAAACCACGUGUUACAAAUAGAAAAGAGAAAAAAUGCUGUGUGUGUGUGUUUGGUGUAUUUAGAAGAGAAUGGCUCGCACACAACGCACACUUUAUAAAUUCCCGAAAAAACAAUAUGAUGAACAAGAGAAAAGAGAGAGAGAGAGAGAGAGAGAGAGAGAGAGAGAGAGAGAGAAAACACAGAAACAAAUCCAAAACAUUCUUCCACAGUUUGCGUUUCGCACACAAAAACUAGUGCAGCUCGCAAAAAAGUGCACGCGAGUUACUGAUAGUACAGCGAUAGUACUGAGACUUAGUAGUGGAGCUCUCUUCCAACGAACAAACAAACAAAAGCGCAUAACAUGGCGUGACAGGACACAGCAUUUGAUUUGAUCGCAACCGCCAACAAUCGUUUUGUUUUUGCUUGUGUUUGGGUGCUUCCACCACCACCACCACCACCACCAUUCUUCACCCCAAACCAACUACCCAAACGAAGCAAAACGAAACAAACACAAACAAAAACUCUCUCUAGCACAGUGUGUAGUGAAAAAAAAAAAACGGAAAAGCACGAAACACGAACAUAAACGGGAAGGCAGCGAAAGGGCAGCGAGUAUUAGGUUGGCAGCCAUUGGCGCACGGUUUCUUGCACGGUGAUUUUUUCGAACCAUUUUUACCUUUUACCUUUAAAAAAAAGGGAUAAGACAUACUCUGGAGGGAAAAGGAGAUGGAAGAUCACCCGGAAUGGUUUAAUGCAGGCCGCCAGGUUACAAAUUUUCCACCACCCAACACAAACACAGCGGACAGCGCACGUAGGUAGUUUCUGUGUCUGAGUGUUUGUGACUGUCUGUGUGUGUGUGUAGGUGAUCGAAGUAGAUAGAUAGUAGUAGGGCGCUCGGGGUGAAAAAUCUGGUCACUCGAUAGUAGGGGAAGGAUUGUUUCAUGACACCGCGCAGUAGCCGCUGACGUAGCAGUAGCAGCAGCAGCAGCAGGAGCAGCAUGUAGAAGCAGCCGAAAGCAGAAGGUGUAGCAGUAGUAGUCGCUUUAGUCGAUUUAGUCGAUUUAGUCGAGAUAUCCUAGAGUCGAGCCCCGGAGCAGUGAAGAUAGGCCGGGUACACGUGGAGUUUUUUGUGGUUUUUUGACUUUUUAUUACCACACACACACAUACAAACGCUCUAGAAGAGAACAGGGAGUAGAGAAAGAGAGGGAGAGAGAGAGAAAGAGAAAAAUAGUGUAGUGCAAAGCGCCAGGUUAGACAAAAGCAGACAAACAAACAACACGUUCGGGUUCGCGUAGUAUCGUGCUAUUGUAUCGUGUAGUGUGGUGUGGUGUGUGUGUGUGUGCGUAUGUAGCCGUUGUCUUUAAGCGUGUGUUUGUAGUGUUGCAGUGAACGUGCGUUAGCGUGUAGGUAGAGGGAGUGUUUGCUAGGGUGUGUUAGUAGACAAAAUACAGACGGCAAAACACAGAGACAAACCUGAGCAAACCUGUGCAAUCCACCACGGUGCGAGAAUGCGAAUGAGAUCAAACUGAAGUCUGAGUGUAGUCUGAUGAAAUGUUUUACUUGGUUGUAAUUUUUCACUUCUUUGUUUGGUAGUCCACCACCACCACCAUUGGCGGCCCUUUCACAUGUGUAGUAGUGGUGUACCAUGUUCAUCAAAGUUCGUAGUAGGCCGUGGAGCUGGUGCGCACGAGUGUAGGAGCCGUUGUUGUUGAAGGGAUUUUUGGAGUAGAGCGAACCGGAGAGCUCGGCGUUUGUUGAUUGGUUUAGUUUUACAUACAUUUGGAAUUAAUAUUAUUGUACUAAUUUUUACACUUCAAAUUGAAUGAAAUGUGGUUCGUUUGUUGCUGUUAUUUUUCAUGAAAACAAACUUUUCUUUAAAUUAAGAAAAACACACAAAAUAACAAAUAAAUUGAAACAGAAAGAGGUGAAAUGGAAGAGAUAAAAGAAAGAGCUAAACUGAGAAAAAGAAGAAUGAAUGCAAGAGCAUAAAAAGAAGAAAAAAAACAGAUUGAAUUGCAAAACAAAACAAAAAAACGAAUGAAAGUAAAUUGGACGACAGAAUAGCAACAGUAGUAAACGAAAGACAACAAACAAGAAAUGUAACUGAAGCACCGAGACACGAGCGCACCACGCGAAUGAGGGAAGUAAACAUGAUGACGUGUAGAAAGCAAAAGCGCUUGGUAAUGGGCUGAGUAUGCACUAACCUCCGAAACUGGCGAAACUGUCGUUAGAAUAGGAAUAGAGAAAAAAAGGAAAAAUGAAAAAACGAAACCAAAUACACACACACACACAUCCACGUGCGAAUGUUCGGUAUAUUGGCUGAGUGAGUUUCGGCAUUUUGUGCCAGCAAAGUAGUGAAAAGAGCGCGCGCGUGUUUAUCGUUGUAAAAGGGGCGCCCAACACAAAAGCAAACCCAACACUCACCACCAUCACAGCACAGGAUUAAGAGUAGCUGAUGGAUGCAAAGCGAACAGGAGAAGCAAAAAAACACAUGAAAUGAUCCCGCAAGCCGGCAGUGUAGGAGUAGUUUUACUUAGGAUUAAGCAAAGAAGCAAAGUGAAAAUGAAAAACAAAACUCUUAGCGCGUAUUUAUGUAGAGCCGGUGUAACGUAUUACAGUAGUGUGUGUAUGUGUGCGGAAAGGCACACUGGGGCCGUAGAAAUGACGUCCCGAUCCGGACGGAGGAGGAGAAGAGUCCGAAAGAGCCGAUGGACAGCGUGGAAAGAGAGAGACAGUGGGCAAGAUGGCGGUGUGAUGUGGCUUAGGAUUAAUGAAAUGAAAUGAAAUUUUUGCUAGUUUGUAAGAACAUAUUUAGGGUAAAAAAUUGUUUAGAGUUUAAAAAAGAAAGGGAGCGCCUCACACAACGGCGGCAACCCGUGCGUAGCAAACACGCAACCUAAACACUUGCGAUGCGCGCCACAGUAGUAGUAGUAGUAGUAGUAGAGAGGCGUGUGGAUGAUAGGCGAACGUUUGGAGUGCUUCCGGGUUCCGGUACUUGCGUUUGGCUUGCUCUGCUGGCGCAACAGCACGAGCACGAGCACACGUGGGAAGAGCCACAACAGUCUGUGUGUGUGUGUGUGUGUGCAAUUGCUGUUAAGGUUAAGUUAUACUUCCAAUACCAUCAUUCCGCGCCCUACUACAGCUACACAGCUACCAGCUUGCGAUUUACGCCAUCAUUUACGUCGCGUUCCUUAGAAGCCACCCCUGUUGGUCUAGUGGUCCUGCCUGUCUCUCUCUCUCUCUCUCACACACUCUUGUACUUGCCAUACAUUACUGCACGCUUUCACGGGGAAAUGCAAUUGAAACCGAGGAAAAGAAAGAAAGGAAAUAUUUAGCACCAUAAUGAUGUCGGUGUGUGCAUGUGUGUGUACGAUAGGAAGAAAGUAAAAAAAAGGCUUACGGGGAAAUUGAAGAAGAAACGAAACAGAAUCUAUCUAUUUGUUGAACACCACCGCUUUUCCGCUUUUCCCUUCCGCUUUUCGUUUGUGUGUGCCUCUCUGUAAGCAGCAGCAGCAGCAGCAGCAAAAAACCCGAAAGCAAAAUGUUAUUAUUAGCAAUGCAAAACAAAAGUUAGGUGAAAUUAAAUGAGUAAACGAGCAUGAUUGAAAUGAGACGAUUUUAGGGGGGAGAAAAUGAGAAAGAGAAAGGAAGACGGAGAGUAAGUUAGAAAGUAAACCGCUGCAUUGAAGAAACAAUGAAGAAAUCAAGAGCAAGCCUCAACAAUCGUAAUUCUUCCUGCACAGAUUCACAAACACAAACACACUCACAGAUACAGACACGAGAAACACGAGCGCAAAGACGAGCGAUACGCGAUACGAUAGUGCGCAGCACACAACAGCGCAAGUAAGGAAGGGGGAAGGAGGAGGAGUAUAAACGAAAUCAGGAAUUUUUCAUACCACAAAACGAAGUAAAACGCGACUCAUGACACCUCAAACACACUGCAACUUCCGCUUAAAUUUGUCCUAUCAGGGUUUUUUUCCCCCAACAUCAACGUUUGUUGCAUGUUUUGCGCAAGCAGCACCACCACGUGUGUGUGACACAUGGAUGAGAAACACGUGCUACACGAAGAUCGUACCGUGAACUGGCGGGACGAAAGAGAAUUUAAAUUUGACAGUAACGAUACAGCAUAAACACAGACACACACAUACACACACUCACACAUAAUAAUUACAAUAUAUUAGAAUGAAGAAAAAUUUAAAUGCGAACGGGGCUUCCACCUUCGGUUCUGUUUUUAUACAAGAUAUGGCGGAUUUUUCGAUGGAGGCGCGCGCAUUGGUGUGUUGAAAAUGGAUUAAAGAAGAGCGGGGGGAAAAACACAUACCUACACACACACAUAUAAGAGAGCAAAAAUAGUAUCAAACACUCGGCUUUUGUUUGCUCUAAAAAGAAGAAGACGAAGAAGAAGAAGAAGAAGAAGAAGAAGAAGAAGAAGAAGAAGAAAAUGAAGAAGAAAAUGAAGAAGAAGAAGAAGACGAAGAAGAAGAAGAAGAAGAAGAAGAAGAAGAAGAAGCAAAAGAAGAAGAAGAUAAAGAAGAAGAAGAAGAAGAAGAAGAAAAACAUCCAAUUGUGCUUUGGGCUGGAAUGCUUUUGGUUUGCAGAUCGUUACAUUACACAGACAAACACAUACAUACAAACACACUCACAUUAACUUCUAACGAUCUUCUUGACUCACUUCCGGAAGCCGGAUGUAAAAAGACGGAAACAAAAAAAAACUAAAACGAUAGAAAAAGAAGAAUAAUUAAUGUUUGCAGAUUAUGCUGCAUGCUGCUUAUAUGUUGCGUCAUUAAGAAUUAACACAUACAAACACACACUUACACUGAGAAAGGGAGAGAGAGAGAAAGAGAAGCAGAAAACUUAUUUUUGGUCUUAUUUUCAAGUCGCCUAGUGCGUAAGGAUGUUAAAUGAAAGUAGCAGUAUAAAUGAACAAAAAAAACACAAAGCAUGAUCAUGUGUGUGUGUGUGUAUGUGUGUGUGUGGAUGCAUGUUUGGUAGUUACACGUUGAAGGCUCACAUGAAACCGGCGUAGGAAUAAAAUGCACUCUUGAAGAAUACGAAUACGAACAUGCAAAACUGAUUUACUGAGCAACCACUACACCGCUCAGCAGGCGGGAAACGGAAAAGAGAGACAGAAGAGAAAUGCUUAAAAGCUCUCCAGCUAGAGGGAGACCGCAGUAACCCUGCCCGGCGAAGGAAGUAGCAGGCAGAAGCGAGAUGUGCGAUUCGUAGUGGCCGAGAAUUCGAGAAAGUAGUAGUGAACACAUACACAAACAUACGUACACACACACACACACAUACACACAUGAAACACAAAAACACCUAAAAGUUAAGAUGUUAGUUGCAGACACCGUGUCGAGAAAAUGUAGAGUGCGGAACGGCCGCCGGCGAGAUCACCGCGCCUACUGUUGUAAGCGCAGAUAGAAGUAGUAGAUUAAAAUUGAGAAACGCAAAACAAGCAAACAAAAAACAACCAAAAACUGGUUUGAAAACCUCAACCUACCAAAAAAAAGAAAAGAAACACAAAACAAACAGACAAACAAAUAAAUGAAAAUGCAAUGACAAAACAACAAAGAAGCAAAAACACACUCACACACACACAAGAAAUCGUAGUAGUAACAAAGAGAGACAAACAAAAUGCAGAAACGUUGUAGCCUGUAAGGAUUGAUAAUGGGAUGUUGAAAUCGAAAAAAGGGAAGAGAGCGCGAGAGAGAGAGCGUGAGUGGGAGAGGGAAGGACAGUUAAAUGAAGAUGAAAAAUGAGAAAAAAAAGAACCUUUAGCUGCUAAGUGAAACGAAGAAACGCAAACAAAACAAAACAGAUGAAACACAGAACGCAGAAAAUGCACUCACACACUCACACACGUACACAAGAUACAGAAAUUUAGCUUUUAAGAGUAAAAACAACAAAAAAAAUGAAACAUGAUGCUGAACAAAACAGAAACAUGGAAUGAGUAAAUUUGCGGCACGGAAUAAAAGGAGAAAGUAAAUGGUCA